AUCGAUACUAGUAUAAGUAUCGAAAUCGAAGUACUGAAGUAGUAAUAUCGAUGAUAAUUACUAACCCUAUCUAUCUGCUGUCAGUGAGAUUUGUUUAUUGUUAUUAUUCGAUCAUAGUUUUUGUGUAGGUGAUAUAUGUUUGAAAUAAAUGUGAUAUAUUUUAAAAACUAAUGCUCUGUAAAGUAGCGCAAUGUUUUAAAGUGGUGUUGACCUGAACAAAUAAAUAAAUAUUGGCGGUGAUGGUUGAAGAAACAGUGUAUUCCAACAAACCUAAAUCCAGAGCGGCUCGGCCAAGACCUGUCUUCCUGUGGAGUGUGAUUGAUGUACAAAAGUGGUUAAGGAGACAUUGCAGCGAUUACUAUCCUCUUUACGGGGAAAUAUUCCAGCAGCAUGACAUCACAGGCCGAUCGUUAAUAAGGCUCAAUGAAACUACACUUUUUCGCCUCGGAAUCCACAAUCCCGACCAUCGACAGGAAAUAUGGAGGGAAAUAAUUAAACUACGUCUCAAGACUGCAAUUUUGGAAAUAAAAGAUUUAGAACACAGAGAUAUAUAAGUUUGGAUUUCUAAUUAUAUUUAUAUUUUAUAAUGUGUUA